AUAAUUGAUCUGCGCAUGCGCACUACUACUACACGGGUACUGAUUUCUGUGUGAUUGCAUGAGAUCGUACAAAAUGACACUUUUUCAUUUUGGAAAUUGUGUGGCUCUUGCCUAUAUUCCAUACUUCAUAGUCUACAAGUGUUCUGGAUUGUCAGAAUACAGUGCAUUCUGGAAAUGUGUUCAAGCGGGGACAGCGUACCUCUUCACUCAGCUAUGCAAGAUGAUGAUCUUAGCAACAUUCUUCCCUACGUCAGAAGGUGGAGUCAACCAUUUAGACAUCAUGGGGGAAUUUAUGAAAUCAACGGUUGACCUUGGGGACCUGAUAGGGUUCUACUUCAUCCUGAACAGCAUCUCGGCGAAGGGAGAGCUGAAGUUCUUGGUAGCGGGAGUUGGAUGGGCCACUGCGGAGCUUAUCAUGACGAGGGUCGUUCCUAUGUGGGUCGGAGCUAGGGGAACCGAGUUUGACUGGAAGUAUAUACAACUCAGCCUGGAAUCUAAUGUCAAUCUGGUGCAGCACAUAUCGACAGCCGCUUUAGUAUGGCUUUGGAGUCGGCAUGAUUUAAACAAGUCUGUACAGCCGAUUGUAGUGACGUUACUGGCCCUAAGUUCCUACAAGCCUCUCGUUAUUGAAAUUUUGAUCCAUGCUGCGGGGCUUGGCUCGUGGACCCUCCUCGUUGCGAAGUCACUCUUUACAUUCAGUGUUGGUUUUGUAGCAUUACAGCUCUACGUGGGACUACAAGGAACAGCAAAUCAUUAUACUAAAUAAUUAGUUAAUCUAAGAUAUUCUUUGAUUGUAUAUUUACAAGAAAAGCAUUGAUAGGCUAGAUACCGAGUGUUAUGGUUUGUGUAAAGCAAUGGGAAGGUAUGCCAGGGCCCUGUCUUACAAAGAGUUACGAUUGAUCCAAUCAAUCUCAACUGUAUGGAAAUCCAUCCAUACAUUUUUUUCAACAGGAAAUGAGCUCAAUAUCCUCAGUAAACAAAGAGAAUCACACUGGAUCUUCAAGAAAAUGAUGAAUGUAUGAAUAUACAUCAUAUCUAGAUUUUUUUUUAACAAACAUGCAUUUUAUAUGGUGACAUUGCUGGCCUUCCGUAGUUGAGGUCGAUCGGAUCAAUCGCAACUCUUUGUAAGACGGGGCCCUUGCGGGUGUUUCAUAAAGCUGUUCGUACAGAUACACAUGACCUUAUGACUGGAAUAUUUUCUUAGGUGCUAAGUCAGCUACGUAGGCAUGAUGGAGAUGUAUAAUUAAGCACGAGAAAGGGUCACAAGUCGUUCGUAAAAUCAUUCAUAACUUAUAAACAGCUUUAUGAUAUAUCCACCUUGGGAGCGUUUCAAAUUUUGUCUGACAAGUCGUCAGAUCUGACAACUUUCCUUGAUUUUGAUUGGCUGAGAAGCACAGUUCCUGUGGUAACUGUCGGAUAAAAUAAGACUUGUCAGAUUAACGUCCGUUCAUGAAACACUCCCCUAGUAACAUAAUUAUUAGCGAUUGAUCGUGGGGCUAAUUUCUAUGUCUGAUUCAUCGAUUGUUGUGUAUAAUCCAUCGUAAAAAUUAGUUCCACGAUCCAUCACUCUGCUUCAUGUUACAGGGACCUGUUCUGGCUGCAGGGAAGUUAACAUGUUGUUAACUGGAAUAGGGUGUUUGUAGUCUGCAGGCACACAGACCCUGAUUGAAACUUUGAUCAACAAGUGGGUCUUCGCACAAGACUAGCACAUAUGAAACUCGCUGUUUCAAUUUCUGUAGGCUGGGCAUCGAGGCCCGUUAGCUUGAGUGAAGGGUUUGCACAGCAGACUAUGGCGCUUCUGUUCAAAGCCUAUGGGAAAAUACAGAAAACAAUACUUAAUUGAUGAUGAAGCCUCGACAAUGUAAACAUAUAAUCAACGAUGAUAUUAUUUACUGUAAGGGGGGGGGGGUGGAUGGACUGGGGGGGUGUAGGGGACAUGGGUUUUUUUACAAGGAAAUAUACUGUGUAAUACCUCAUAGGAUAUGUCAUAUUAAAGUGCAAAUUAAGAAAUGAACGUAGAAUUGUUAGGUAACUUCAAUAAUGUAAGAAUAAAAUGGUUAUGGAAUAAUAAAAUGGUUCGACUAAUCAUCAAUCUAAUUCAAAUCAUUGCAUCUUGAAAAUGGUAAGAUUACAAAGUAUCAGGAUUUCUGGCAUGAAAUAUACAUGUAAUUUGUACUUUCUUACAUUUCUGAUGUCACUUUUGUUUACAGGAAAUUGCACAUGCUGGUAAUGGUAAUGUCCACAUUUGUGGAUUGGCUGUACAUGUAUGUCGACUUCACUCUAUAAUACUUGAAGAAUUUGAUUGUGACCUCAAGUUACAGAAUUCAGUUGUGAAUACAGUGAAUGACCAAUUAUUGUUUGGAUAUUAUGUACAUGUAUGGGUUUUUUGUUACAUUUGAAUGUAUGUUUGUUAUCUAUCCCUAUUAAAGGAUUGUUCUUGUACUGUA